AUGGAAGGAGAUCGUGUGUUCAAGUUCGAUGAUUGGCGUAAUUUUAUGGUGUAUUGGAAAGGAGAUUUACAGUAUAUGGAAACAAUUAAAAGAUUUUUGUCAAACAGGCAGUGGAAGAAGUUGAGGGAUGGUAUUUUCGGCAACUUCUUCCGAUUACAAAGUAUGAAGUUCUGUGGUAAACUUAUUCACUGUAUAUUGCUUUCAGAAAUUGUGAAUAAUGACCCUGAUUCGAUGACAUUCAAGGUAUUUGACCGUGAAAUUAAGUUUACACGUGACGCAUUUCAUCUAAUUACUGGUUUGAAGUGUUAUUCCUCGCUGGACAUCAAAGGUUUACAUGAGAAAGAGAAUAGGCUUUCGAAAGUCUAUUUCCCCGGAAAGGAUAGAAUUGAGUUGGGUGAUUUGUUUAAUUUUAUUUCUAGUCACCCACAUGGUACAGCUUCGUCAUUUGUAGGCAGCGAUGAUGAUGCUGUGAAGUUGGCAACAAUUUAUUUUGUUGAAUCUGUUUUGAUGGGCAAGCGGAAGAAUAGGAAUGUGUCCGAGCAGAUAAUAAAAAUUAUCGACGAUGAUGUACUCUGCUCUUCUUUCAACCGGGGCUCUCUUUCUUAUGACACGCUAUUAAAAUCAUUGAAGAGUUGUUUGAAGCCGAAUGAGAAUGAGAUUGAGAAAGAGAAAGACAAAGAUAAAGACAAGGAUAGCUACACUAUACUUGGCUUUCCUUUUGCCUUUUGUGUUUGGAUUAUGGAAGUAAUUCCUAUUUUCCAGGANCAAUGCCUGAAAUCCCUAAGGACUGAUUGUGGUGCAUUCCUGAUCAAAUAUGUUGAGUUGUUGAUGAUUGGAAAGGAUGUGGAGUAA